AUGGGAAUAUCAAAAGAAGUUGUGCAAAGGGAUAGAGAGAAAAAUAUACUGAAGGAGGAGGACAUGGAAAAUCCUAAGAAAUUAAAACCAAUGUCCACUCCUCCCAAACAAUCCAAGCCAAGGCAAUCCCUAUCUACACCUACCUCUGGUUCUCAGAAUCCUAUUCCUCCACCCAAGCCUCAAGACAAGUCAACCAGUGGUGUAGAGAAAAGGAAGAAGGAGAAGCCACAAAGAGAAUAUGUUGCAACCACUACUGAGGAUGUAGAGACUAAAUCUGAUGAAGUAGUGAAAGAGGUAAAGAAGACAACCACUUAUGCAAGAGUUGUGAAGAAGUCACAAUCCGGUGGAGCCCAGUCAUCCAAGAAGCCAAGAGCUAAAGCUGAGCCAUCCAAUAGAGCCAAAGUGAGAAAGAAGUAG